AGAGCGAGACGCGAAACGUAACGUUUUUGAAAUAUAAAAUAAGGUUUUAGUUUUAGUGAAUAAAGUUUAAGUGAAAAUAAGUUAUUUACUUAAGUGAUUUUUGGUGUGUGUUUUGUUAGAAAUAUUGUAAGUUAAGUGCAGCAUAAGAAUUGCGAAGAUUAACAGUGAAAAGAAUCCAAAAAAUAUAUUUAUUGAAAUAGGUACUUAAACAGAAAUCUGAGUUUUAAGAAGGCAGUAUUUAAAAGACUAUUCUUGGUUAUACUUUACAGACAAAAACGGAAUUUAAUAUCAACAGAAGCACAAAUUAUUAGUGUCUUUAAUGUUUUAUUAAACUAUAGGGGUUUUCAGUUAAGUAUGUACUUCUGGCCUUCCGAUGAUGUUUUCCAAGACAAUAAAUGUCUUUAACAUAAAAGUGACUAUACUGACGACUAUAGCCUAAUUGGGGUAGUCAGAGGUACAUCCAUCGCAAAAUGAACUAAGUACUCCUUAUCAAGCUUUAGAACAAACACAUUUAUUACUACUAUUUAUAUAGACAGGUCGAAACAGGACCUACACCCCACGUAUAAUUAGAAAUAGCAAUAAAAUUGCAUUAAGAAAGCAAACGCACGUAACCGUUGCAAAAUAAAUUGAUAGUUAGUUUUAAGAACUGCAGAGAAACCCUCAUAAAACGAAGGGGUCACAAAAAUGCACAAUGCUUGAGUUAUCACCAACAAUAAUGACGCAAACCACCAGCGCUUAACGGUUACGCUUUGCAAACACCCCAAAGGAACUAUGGUCAAAGACUCCAAGAUAUAAAUUUAUAGCUAAUAAGUCUUAGGGGAACCAUUACGCUUACAAGAUGGACUCGCCAAAAAUUGUCUACAAAUACUAUUCCAACCCCGCUUUCUGCGGCCAGAGUGAACAAAGAUGCAGGACCCAAAGAAUGACACCCAUAGGAGCGUCGCCACGAAAAAACGUAGAAAUCUCAACCAGAAUCCACCGAACGGACAUCUCGGAUAAUCCUCUAAGGCUACUGAGAGAUGAGCCACCGGCAUUACCACCGAAACCAGCUAAAUACCUGAACAGAAGUUUCCAAAGACAGUCGUCUUUGAUUUGUAAACCGACCAGGAGUGUCGUGCGGUCGAGAACUAGGAGUGAGGACUUAGAAAUGGCACAGUUCAAAAGGGACAGACGCUCGAAGUACGAUAGGAACGCUGAAAGCGACGAUGGACUCGAAGACUCCAGACUAAAACACAGAUACGAAGUCAUAAGAGACGACUUUGAUGACUUGGUGGAUUAUUCACCGACGAAAAAAAGGAUAGUACAAGCAGAAUCGCACGAAGUGUUAGAAUACAACGUUGAUGGCCCAGACGACAACGAACUGAAAGAAAUACCCACGGAAAUAGUCAAAACUGUAAACGGAAAGAUGCAUAGAUACGCAAUAGUGGCGACAGAAGACGAAGAACCAAGGAAAUGCAACGUAACCUUCACGUCUCCGGCGAUGUCGAAGAAGAACUUAAUAGCGACGCAGAAACUGCACGAGUUGCUAUCAACGCCAAGAAAACUCAAGAGUUACGCCAGCCAGCCGUCAGUGAGGAUCACUCCAAACAAGUCAAUAGACAGUCCAAGGCAUCAUACCCCAAGGAGCAUCAUAUCCAGCACUCCUCACGUGACUCCAUCGAAGUCUUGUGCUAAUCUGUCAAUAGCAAGACAAACUUCGCCGAUUUCGCCAAAAGCUCAGAAGAACUUAAACUAUGGUUUGCCAGAAGGCUUUGAGAGGCAUGACGUGUUUGUGACGAGCUUCAGAACGGAGAAGGACAGGAGUUUUGAGGAAGUAGAGAGGAAAGAAAGUAAGAGGGACAGAAGUAAGAAGACCACUGCAGUUAUUUCGCCGAGAGUGGCAUCCCCCCCCUCAGAAGCCAACACGGACGAGACAUACAAGUCUCUGUCCAACCUGAAGGCGGUCAACUCCGCGACUGCCUCUCUCACCAUCGCAGCCCUGAUGCUUACGCUGUGCGGAGGUCUAACUACUGGCCUGAGCUUCUACAUGAUGUACUCUAUGGGUCGCCGCUACUACUUAGAUUUCGGCGUCUUGUCUGGGUUCACGUGUUUCUUGCUCGGUCUGCUGGGGUUCAGGUCGCGAAGACAGCAGCUGUUGCCCAACAGGAACUUCAUAUCUGGGUACAUAGUCCUCUCAUCAUUCUCCCUGCUCAGCGCGUUCGGGCUACUGAUCCUGCUGUCAGUUCAGCCGAAGCCAGGGACCCCCCUGAAUGACAUCACAUCCGGAGCAGUGUGCGGGGUCAGCAUACUAUGUCUUUGUCUGGCCACGAUGGGAGUGCUGGCUAGUUACUGCUGUGCGCGGGACCCACCUGAUAAUAGAGUGGGGACAGUAAGAUGGUAUUAGCACCGGGUGAAAGCCAUAGAAUAAGAAAUAACAUACUUACAUACAUAAACUCACGCCUAUUUCCCACCGGGGUAAGCAGGUCUCUGCUGAACCAAACAUUUUUGAUCCAAACAUGAAUUCGACAACAAAUUCGACAAUCAUUGGUUAUACAUUGUUUUAAGUUUACGCGGUUAAUGGCCCCGAUUCCUGCAGACACCGCCUAAUUUUAAGUUAUAUCCGUCAUUUUCAUAUCCGUCGAAAAGGAAAGGGACGGAUGAUUCACAGCUCUUAAUUUUAGGAAGAAUGAGUAAAUGAAUGAAUAACCCGGACGAAUCAAAAGGUACGUCGCUGGUAUGCAAUCCGUUUGACGUGCUGUCUACUUAACUGUGUCGGGUUAUUGAAGGAUGUAAAAUUUUUAGACGGUUGGUUUAGAUUUGUGCUUAAAAUUGACGUGUGUUCCAUUAAUUUUAUGUUUGUCGAUUACCCGUCCCUUUCCUUUUCGGCGGAUAAGAAAAUGACAGAUAUAACUUAAAAUAAAAUUAGAUGGUAUUUACAGGAAUUAGCACCAUUAUCAUAAUUAAAGCACAUAAUAACGGGUUCUUACCGCGUUUAAAUAGGGAUAUGAGACUCCCGAUAUUUCGACACUGUUGCAAGUGCCAUGAUCACGGGAUGACUGAUGAAAAAAUAAUAUGAAAGUUCGUCACCAAACUUGACAUUUUGAUAUUCACCCACCCACUCCUAACUUAACCUAUCGUAUGUAUUAAAAAAAUGAGCUUUUUAAUUUAUAAUAUUUUAUUGUAAGUUAAUUUUACCAAAGUUUGUAUUCUUACUAAACGGAACAAUUGUUUUUUGUAAUUUAAUUUGGAAAUCUGUUGCGAAAAAUAAAGUCU